GAGUACCAUCGAGUUCAUCAACUCCAUCACAAACACUAGCGAAAACCCAAUUCAAGCACGCAGCAUCUCCAACGGACCAGCAACUCGACAAACGCAAGUAUGUACGUCGACAUCCCGCGAAUUCUCAUGGUGAUGUUUGCUCUUGUCCUGGCCGUUGUUGAGGCGCAGGAUACUCAAUGUUCCGCCCAGAGAUGCUAUAGGGGUUGUGUUGAUGAGAGUGAUGAAUGCGUUGAAUACUGUCAGAAGACUGCAUCGAGGAUGCGGAACAGAAGGAAUGCGGGAGUUUUCUGGCAGCAGUGUUUCCUCGGAUGCGACAAGGAGAUCAAGGGCUGCUUCAAGGGCUGCGAUGCCGCAUGCCCGCGUCGGGUCGAAGGGCCUCUCGAAACCUGCAACAACAACUGCCUGCAGACGGCGCUGGGCGGCGUGGACCGAUGCUUCAAUGGGACCGCGCCCCGCGACGACUGCCUUGCUGCAAACCAGGAGAACUGGCAAUCCUGCGAGGAGGAUUGCCGGGACGAGGCACCCCAGACGCAGGCACCGGCCACCCCUGCCACCACGUCUGCACCUGCGGCAGAUUCCCCUCCACCAGCGCCUACUGAGACCCCAUUCGAGUCUGCCAUCGGAUGCGGGGAGUUUGAUCGAUACCUGAACGUGUACGGCGCAUGUCUGGCCCCAUGCUUUUUCAAUCUCUGUUUGAAUGGCGAGAAGUGCAGCGGAGAGGCCGGGAAAUGCGGUCUGGCCAGCGAAUGCGAGGCAGCCAACAAACAGUGUACAAGCGACGGUGUCAAGACUUAUGAAUCCUGUCUGAAGAGGCUAUAUGAGGGCAUCCUCGCCAGGUCUGCUCUCAUCGCCGGGGCUGGGUCAGGCAUCCCCACCCCCCACGGAAGACGCAACAUCAUCUACCUGUCCAGCAUUGCAGGGGAGAUGGCCUUGCUGGCACUGCCCUUCUAUGCCGUGGUGGAGGUCGUGGUUCAAUGA